AAGUAAUAUUGGAGAUACUUAUGCUUCUUGUGGAGAUAACUAAUACUUAUGAUAAUUUAUUUCACAAGAUUAUACAGAUAUAAUGAAUAGACAGGCAGAAAAUUCAAAGCUAUUGUCAAUAAGAUCAAGAAAAUCAAUACCUUCUUCCCGAAGGAUCUGGACUCCAGCAGAAGAAAGUGCUCUUUUAAAUGGUUUAAAAAAAUUAUGUGCUGAUAGUUGGAAAGCUGAUAAUGGAACCUUUAGGCCAGGAUACUUGAUGGAAUUAGAGCAUUAUUUGCAUGAACGUCAUCCUAGUAGUCAAUUAAAAGGUGAACCACAUGUUAAUAAUAAAGUAAAAGCGUGGAAGAGAUGUUAUUCAAGCAUAAGUUUAUUAAAGAGUCAAAGUGGUCUGGGAUUUCAAUAUAGUGAUGGAACCAUAAUUGUUGAAGAUCCAAAACAGUGGGAUGACUUUAUAAAGAUGGAUCCAAAAGCAAAAAAGCAUGAAAACUAAGAAAUGGACAAUGUUUGAGGAGUGGGAAGAAAUAUUUGGCAAGGAUAGAGCGACGGGAGAGUUCGCAGAAGGGCCGCUAGAUGCUGCUGAGGAUAUUCUAAGGAGUUAAGCUUUAGGACUUUUUAAUGACAUGAGCUUAGGAUGGCCUAUUGAUGUUGAUGAUGAAGAAGAAGAUAAUGCUGGUGAUGGACCUAAUAUAGCUACUGGAGAAGCUAAAAAUGAAAAUGCUAGAGCAUCUGAACCUAGUUUUACUGAAGCAUCUGAAAAGAAAGAUGCUAGAGCAUCUGAACAUGAAUAUGCUGGAGCAUCUGAAAAUGAACAUGCAGGAUUCCAACAAAAUCAUAAACAAAGUGAGCAUGCUAAUAGGUCCUCUUCUAAUUUUAGUGAAAAAGAGAAAACCAAGAAAAGAAAAAGGAUUGUGGAGGAUUCUAGUGAGACAUUUCUUAAGGGUAUGACAAAAGUUAUGAAAAACUUUAUUGAAAGUCAAGAUAAAAUAAUGGGUGCCUUGAUUGAUAAAAUUGGGGAUCGUGACCGAUCCGAUAUUCGUGGUAAAAUUUAUUCCAUCCUUGAGUCUCCCGCAUUUGAGUUGUACUCAGUAUAAGAACGUAUCAAAGCUACAAUGAUUCUCUGUGAAGAUGUUAAAAAGAUGGAAUUAUUUUUACGUAUGGGUGAACUUGAGCGCCAAACAAUGAUGUUCAUGAUUAUCAAUGGUAAAAUUUGAAGUAUGGUAAAAUUGUGUAUAUGUGGUGGUACUAGUUUGAUAGUUUUUUCUCGAACAACAACUUUAAAGUUAAACUG